AGUGUGUGACGUGGACUCAGAGUCAACAUGGAAACUUCUAAAUCACCCAGGAGCUGGAAACAUCACUCACGGUCCAGAUCACAAUCAAGGGACAAAAAACGAAAAUCAGGUGAAAAGAAGCACAGAAGAUCCCGGAGCAGAAGCAAAGAGGUAACUAAAUUACAGACCAUUUCACUCAUGUAGGUUAAGUUGAUGUGGUCACUUGAUUAAGUAGUUUAUCAUAAGAACAGGGUAAGUAUCAAAGCUUUUAUGGGACAGGAUGAAAUAGUUCUUGAGAGAUGAUAAUUUCUUUGCUUCUCUCUCACACAUGUCAGUUAUGUGAAAUUAGAGAUGACUAAAGUAGAGUACAGAUUGUGUGGGAAUUUUCUUUUUGGUGAAAGACUGUAUUUAGAUCUCAUGAUAACAUCUCUAUAACAAAUUACACUCAGCGUGCUAAUGCACGAAGAGACACUCUGAAAAGAAGACGCUGCUGACAGAUAGCAAAAUUAUAUGCCUACAACUGGACAGAGACCACUUCUUCUUAAAACAGGCACGGCGGAGGGACCAGGACAAGAUGGUAAGAUCACAUAGCCGAUCCGAAGACCUGCUGCACAAUUCGGAUAAAGAGCGCGAGAGGCUUUCAGAAGACAGUGGAGAGGAGCGACACCGCAGAAAGGACAAGAGGUCCUCCAGAGGAAGAAGCCCGUCCAGAUCACCCUCAAGGGAAAGAAGGCAUCAUAGUCGAAGUCGGGACAGGCGAAGGUCUCUGUCACGCAGUCGUGAGCGGCGGUCAAAGAGUAACGAGAGGAAGAGACGACCCAAAUCCCGAUCACGUUCCAAACACAGACAAAGAAGCAAAAGUCGCAGCAAAAGCAGAGAGAAGAAGAAAAGGAUUGAAAAGAUGAGAAAGAAGAGUCUCAGUCGUUCUGCUAGUCCUGUGGCUUUCAGGGGCAGAAACACCGCUAUGGAUGCACAAGAGGCUUUGGCCAGGAGAUCCAUGAAAUUGCUGGAUGCUGCCUCCACCAUGCUGAACCAACGGUUGGAGAGAGCCAGAAAACUUCAAGAACAGAAAGAGAAAGAGCUGCUGGAAAAACACCACCACCAGCAGCAAGACAUUGUAGCAGCAGCAGCAACAGUGCCACUGCUCUGUGACAAGGCCCCAGCUGCCGCCUCCAGUCCGGCUCUGAACGUGGCAGCGCUGCUUGCUUCUGGCACACAGGUCACACCACAGAUCGCGAUGGCAGCACAGAUGGCAGCGCUGCAGGCUAAAACACUGGCAGAGACUGGUAUCGCUGUGCCGAGCUACUAUAAUCCCUCAGCUGUCAACCCCAUGAAGUUUGCUGAACAGGAGAAAAAGAGGAAGCUGUUGUGGCAGGGGAAGAGGGAAGGGGUGAGAGAAAGGGAUAAGUCUCAGACUGCAGAACUUUGGGAGAAGCUGAAUUUUGGCAACAAAGACCAAAACGUGAAGUUCCGCAAACUAAUGGGAAUCAAAGCUGAUGAGGUCUUAACUUCCGGAGACCUCAACGAGGAAGGCAUGAAGACAUUGCAGCAGCAGGAAGAAAUGUUCCGUAACUUGGAUGUGCAGUAUGAAAUGGCACGCUCCCAGACACACACACAGAGAGGGAUGGGCCUCGGAUUCUCCACGUCUUUCUCUUCGCGAGGGAUGGACCCUGUCUGAAUAUCCACCAUUUCACUCUUCCAUCAUCGGCUCAGCUUAUUUUUAACACGUGUAUAGAAAGCUGACGCUUUAGAUCGCAUGGAUGUUGGUUUGCAUCUGUAAUUUAUUCAAAUACCAUUAUUGUCUUGAAAGAAUCCAGAUGUAAAUACAAGUGAUUUGGUUUGUUUUCGUUACAAUUGUACUGCAGAUCUCCAGAAAAUUACACAAAGGUGCAAUAGGAUGCUGCAUAGCUUUAUGGGGGAUUUGAAUGUUAACUUUAUUUUCUGUAUUUUUUUUUUUUUAUGUAUAAUUGUAUAACUCUGUUUCCCCUGUGGAUAGAACAGAUAGAAGAUGUUGCUUAGAAUUGUGCUAUGAAGAACAUGACCGAACCCUUUCCAUCAGAAAACACUGGCAUAGUGGCCAGAAGUGUGUCAAGCUGUUGUAACUGCUUCUCAUAUUAAAUAUUUUGUUAGCCCAAAAA